AUGAAGAGUGCUAAAUUGUCAACUUUGUUCAUGUUAUAUUUUUUCACUCAUGUUUUUACAUUUGCAAAUGCAUCUCUUAAGGUUGGUUACUAUCAUUCAAGUUGCCCAAAUGCAGAAUCUAUCGUAAGAAAAGCAGUGAACAAAGCUGUGUCUCGUAACCCUGGCCUUGGCGCUGGCAUCAUCAGGAUGCAUUUCCACGAUUGUUUUGUUAGGGGAUGUGAUGCUUCAAUCCUUUUGGAUCCAACUCCAGGGAAUCCAACAGAAAAAGAACAUCCAGCAAAUAAUCCAAGCUUACGAGGCUAUGAAGUGAUCGAUGAGGCAAAAAUUGAGCUAGAAUCUGUUUGCCCACAAACAGUUUCAUGUUCAGAUAUAAUUGCAUUUGCUGCAAGAGAUAGUGCUUUUAAGCUUGGAGGCAUUAGAUAUUCAGUUCCAUCAGGUCGUCGAGACGGAAGAGUAUCUAUUAAAGAUGAACCAACCGCACACCUUCCCCCUUCCACUUUAAAUGCUGGAGAGCUAGAGGAAAAUUUCGCAAAAAAAGGACUUUCUUUAGAUGAAAUGGUAACACUUUCAGGUGCACAUUCUAUUGGAAGAUCACAUUGUUCUUCAUUUUCCGAUAGACUUUACUCUUUCAAUUCAACUCAUCCGCAAGAUCCUACAAUGGAUCCUAGAUUAGCCCAACAAUUGAUGAAAAGAUGUCCGCGUCCUUCUAUCACCGAUCUAAUUGCUCCACUUGAUGUUGAUACUCCAAAUAGGUUGGACAAUAAGUACUAUCUCAAUUUGAAGAACAAUAGAGGACUGUUAACCUCAGAUCAGACGCUAUGGAACAGUCCUUCAACUGCUAGGAUGGCGAGGAGUAAUGCGAUUCAUGGUGAAAAUUGGGCUCAUAAAUUUGCAGAUGCAAUGGUGAAAAUGGGAUCCAUAGAGGUUAUGACUGGGAUGCAAGGAGAGAUUAGGAAGAACUGUAGGGUUGUGAAUUAA